AUGACAUCCUGUGCGGCUGCCACGCUCCACUCUCUGCGGCCGUAUUGUGUGCUGUUGCUGCUGCUGUUGGUGGCUUUAGCCGCCGUCCAUGCCGAAGCCGAGAAGGCCCAGCAGGAGUCGGAGUCGUCGUCGUCGUCGUCGUCGGCCGGAAAAGAAAGCUUCCGCGGGGUGCUCCAGAGAAGCAGCCAGGAGCUCCACCGGUACGUGGAGUCGCUGAUGGGAAUCGGUGCCGUCCGAUCAGCUGCAGAGAGUGCACUCUUGUCUCUAGAGUCACUGCUUGGGCAGGAGAACGUCAAUUCAGUGGCUAUGGUCCUGGGGACUGUGAUCCGCUUUCUUGCCGAAGGAGUCGCCAGCGGCCUCAAUGUCAUCGCCGUGUACGUCACGGAGAUCCUCAGGGUCACGGGAUUUGACGCUGCCAUCAUGUUUCCGCGCUUCACCCCAGAGGGCGUGACCGCGGUGGCCCAGUGGGGGAUCCUGGCCUUCAUCGGCUAUUGGGUUCUAACCCUCCUCCUGCGUUUGGCUAUCAAGACGCUGCGCCACGUCUUCUGGUUGGUGAAGAUGGCGGUGGUGCUGUGGCUCUUCGCCAUGAUCGUGAGCGACGGCAGCGCCAGCGCCGAUAUCACGGCCGUGCGCCUGGGCGCCCUGGUGCUGGGAUACAUUUUGUUGAGCCUGCUCACCUCCGGCUCAGACCGCAACGGCGCGCUGGAGCAUCGCCUCAAGAGCCUGGAGGGACGAGUUAGGGCAGUGGAAAAGAGAAAAUCCAAAUAA